CCUCUUUUCUUUCUAUAAAUCAAAGUGCACGUCGUUACUUCUCCGCAGCUCAAAUUCAAACUGUACGAUCCAUGGACGGCGUCUCUCGGCUCUCCGUCUCUACAACCACCGCCCUCUUGAUCGCCAGUGUCGUCAUCCUCUUCCUUGUCUUUCUCUUCCUCCUCGUGUGCUACCUCCGCUCCAACCGCUACUGGGGCGCCAUCCCCGUCUCCGGCGCCGCCCACGCCCGCUUCGCCCUUUCCCCCGGCCUCCCCUGCGGCGCCCUCGGCCUUGAUGCCGCCGUCGCCCUCCCCCCGCCCAUUGUGGUCCGCCCGGGGACCUUCAAGGAGGGCCUCGAGUGCCCCGUCUGCCUCUCCGAACUCACUGUCGGCGAGGCGGCGACGCUGCUGCCCAGGUGCGGCCAUGCCUUCCAUCUCCACUGCAUCGACAUGUGGUUCUGUAGCCACUCCACUUGCCCCCUCUGCCGCACGACGGCGGCGGUCGAGGAGUCAGAAGUCGCCAAGUCUGGAGCUCAGUUGCUUAAUUCGUCCCAAUCGAUUUUGAAUACCACCGCAAGUUCCGAUCUUUGUGCUAGAAUUGGGGAUUCGAACUCACAAGAAGGGAUUUUUAGCGCUUCUUCGAGCGCGUUGCCGGCUGAAUCCGCAUCAGAUGAGUCAUUGCCGGCGACUAGUCAAACAGAGGAGGUACCCCCGCCACCGCCACCGCCACCGCCGCCUCCGCCGCCCAAGUCAACAUUGAGAUUGUUUCCGUGGCUUCUCGUUCGUGGGAGCAGGAUGGGCGGUGCUACGGAUAGUCCAAGCGGGUGCGACGUCGAGCAAGGAUUUGGUGGUCCUGUUUCGAUAUCUCCAACGAGUCCAUGAAUCCAGAAUUCAAUGGGGUUUAAUUCAAAGUUAUCAUCUUUAGUUUUUCUUUUCUGAAGUAUAAUUAACAGUUGCAAAUAGACCAUCCUUUUAUCCAUAAAUUAGAGACUAAGGAUCCGUGCUCGGAGCACUACUCUCCUUUUGCUGGAACAAUAAGUGCACAAAUAAAUUAGUCUAACCUGUUUGACUUGAUCGUCCUUUAAGUUUUGUUUAAAAUGUUAUUAAUUAAUACGAUUUAUCUACUUUAUUUAUUUUCU